AUGUCUCAAACCAAUGGUCUCACGAAGCUUGCUUACUCGCGCACCUGGCACCACAUUUCGGCCACCAAGCCGCAUUAUCAGCUCAGCACCAUUCGUCCACGCGUCGCGCCCACCUCGCCCGAGAUUACACCACCUUCGCUCGGCCGCCUCGCCUCCCGUAUAGCUGUUUUACUUAUGGGUAAGCACAAACCCAUUUGGGACCCAGCUACCGACUGUGGCGACUACGUGAUCGUGACAAAUUGCGCGCAUUUACAUACGACAGGCAAAAAGCGUUGGCAGAAAUUGUAUUAUCGUCAUAACACCAGACCCGGCAGUCUCAAGCAAAUAAGCAUGGAUGGCCUGAUGGCAAAGCUGGGUGGUGCGGAGGUCCUACGCAAGGCAGUCAGCGGCAUGCUGCCCAAAAACCGUCUACGAGAUGACCGUCUCGGUCGCUUAAAGGCUUUUGAAGGAGAGCGACAUCCAUAUAACGCUAAUAUAGUAAGAUUCGGCGGGAAGAAAAUGUCUAGCGAUGUUGGUGGGCUAAAUAUAGUGAGCUGA